AUGACCGCGCAGGAAGCCCCUCCCCCCCCCCCUCCUCGCCCCCUCGGCGGUCGCGGCGUGCGUCGCGGCGGCUUCCGCCUGAGCGCAGUCGCGCGCGCGCAGCCGACGGCGACGGCGACGCCAGGGACGACCAGCGACGCCACGUCGCCUGCGGCGCGAGGGGCGACGCGACGCGAUGCAGUGGCGCUGCCUGUGAUCCAUCAUGGAUUGGGUGAAAAUGGGAUAAAGGAAAAUGAUAAAUGCCUGGACAUAGCUUGGCAUGCUUCAACUGGUUGUUCUAUUUCAACGCCGCCGUAG